AAAAAAAAAAAAGACUCAAAUAAUCGUUCUUCUUGAAUUCUUCUUCAUCAUCAUCCAUGGCUACCUCAUCCUCUUCUCUCUUCAACUUCCUCUCCUUUCUCUUACCCUCAAAACCACCCAAAACCCCACCACCCCAGCUCACUCCUUUUCAGACCCACAAACCCAGAGAUGGGUUGGUUUCACUUGUAGCCCAGGAGGACCCACACACUUCAUCUUCUUUACCUUCUUCAUUGUCCUCUGUGAUAUGUCCCUCUCUGGCCUAUUCCAACACUCUCUACUUCAGCUCAGCAUACAAUGUGCAAGUGAUAGUAGAUGACAAUGAGCCCGAGGAGAGGCUUCUGGGUCGGUUCAGAAGAGAGGUGAUGAGGGCUGGUGUUAUUCAAGAGUGUAAGCGCAGAAGGUUCUUCGAGAACAAACAGGACGAGAAGAAGCGCAGGACACGUGACGCUGCUAAGCGAAAUAAAAGAAGCAGGCGCCCUUUUUCAAGAACUCCACCACCGAACAGCCAGGAAGUCUCAAAAAACAAGAAGGAAGAUGAUGAAGAAGAUAAUUGGGAUCUACCUGCUGGAGACAUUCCCUAUUAAAUAUUAACUGCGUUUCAACUUGCCUUUAAUUUGUAGAACUCUUCACCUUUGAGUGUGAGAGGCUUUUGGUCCAUGUAAGUUCAUUAUGUGAAUCGUGUUCUUUAGUUGACUUGGUGCAUUUAUCCCUUUUUCAUUUUAUCAAUCUAAAGUAAUGAUUUUUCA